CCUGGAUCUUUUUUACCGCUUUCGAGGCGCCAUCACCAGUUUCCAUCGCGCUUCAAAGUCGGAGCCGCGGCGUUGAAGUGGGAUCCCUUGCCUGCUAUCUUGCACUGUUUCACCUCCCUCCCUUCUUCCCCUCACUCACCUCCUUCCCGCCCUUGUCUCUGGGCCUCUCCUCUGUCAUCCGCAGAUUUCCUGCCGAUCCUCUGGCGCUCCCUUGACAGUCUUCUGCCUGCAGUAGCGCGGAGGGGCUCCUCCUCUGCCACUCUGGUUUACUUGGACCUUGGCUCUCGCUGUCAUAACCAUCUUCAUCAAGUUUCUGGCGACGGUGUGUGCCAGUACUGGACGCUUUUUUGUGCUUAUUUGCUCUCGCGCUGCUUGCAACUGAGUUUCUCAGGAGUGCGUGGUGGUAGAGCUUGUAGACGUUUGCAGUUGAUGGUAUCGUGUGGUGAGCCUGCGGAAGAUCAUUUUGGCGAAUGUUUUUGGAGCCAAACACUGUUACCCUGAAUGUAAUGUGAUGCAUGGACUAUGUGUACAAAUCGACCAUGCUAUUAUAAGAUCUUGAACUUUUACGCUCACUGACUACGGACCACAUCGUGCCCCCUUUUCGAUUUUAGUGCAUUGUUCACAAGUGAAGUAAAUCGAUCUAGAUUGCUCUUAUCCACAUCUCUCGUGGUUUUUGAGAGAACAAUAUACAAUGGCGUUUGAGGUAGCUCGAGUGCAUGGGCUCAUAAGCUCAAGGGUUGGUGACGAUGGAGUGUCAAACGGAUUCCGAAAUGAAGGUGCUUCUAUGGAAGCAGUGUACUCCUAUCCACACGAAUGGAGCGCACCGGGGUUUAUCCCCAACCCCCACAAUACACCUGAUAUACCUUUCAAUUAUGGGCGAUAUCGUAAUCGAUGGGAAGCUAAUUGCUUUCCUCAGGAGUCGUCCUCACCUUGCUCCACUGAAUUUGAAAGUGACGAAGAGGAUGAAUUUUUUCAUGGUCUAGCUCAACAAAUUGCGCAUUCGACGUUCGACGAGGAAAUCAAUACAAGCAGACCAGUCGGGUUUCAACCACGAAGCGGAUACCCUGAGGGUCGAAUGUCGCCUUCCAACUUGCACAACGGAAGCUGGUCAACUGGAUCAUUGCUCUCUGGCAGCCGAAGUAGCUCUAACGAUUCUUCUAGAGUGUCAUCUCAAGUUUCUUCGCCUUCGUCUGCGCCUUCAUCUGGAUAUCAAGAUGCCUGGGAAACUCUGUACGCUGCAGCUGGAGAGAUUGUUCGGUUGAAGAUGAGUGAGGAAGAUGUUGAGAAAUCAUACCAGUCCAGGGUUGGAAACCCUACCAUGCGGGCUCACUUGCCUCAACAAACUCGACCAGCAGGACAGACGGCGGGAAGAAAUCUACCUCUCUAUGCUCGCAGGAAGGACUGGAGUUCCAUGUCUAACAAUUAUGCUAUGCAGAACUGGGGCAUAAAACCUGAAGCAAGCCACGCCAUUGCAAGUCGAAGUCAGCCUCAUCGCGCAGGAUACCACCAUCACCAGCAGUCGUGUUUUCCUGACGGUCAACGUGACAAUAGUACUUACAACCAUCCAGGAAAGCAUGUGGAUAACAAACUUAUGCAAAAUAGUCGUCAAACUGCCGUGAAUGGGGGAUCUGGCGUACGUGUCGUUUUCCUAGGUUCAAGCACUGGUCGCGAGUCAGGAACUGGAGUAUUUCUACCCCGUGUGUUUGAUCAAAGGAAGGCAGCUUCAGCGAGACAGAAUGAGAACAACUCUAACACCUCUCCUGGGCACGGUCGUGCUGUUAAUUCUCAUCGGCAUGCCAAGUCUCCCAGAGAAGGAGUGUGGCCUACUUUGCAGCAAAGCAGUAAUCGGGCUGGUGUACGCCAACCCGUGGUUCACGAGCCUCGUCUUCCAUCAGAAUGGACCUACUAGCGAUCAUUAUUUCAUCAAGCAUCCCGGCUUUUAGUGGCAAUGAGGAUUGCAUGCGUUAUUCAUCAGCAUUUACAUAUUUCAUCACGCACCGAGCCGUUGGUGGCAAUGAGGGUCGCCAGCUUCAUUAUACAUGAAUUCUACACAAGGUUCGGGAGAAAAUUAUCCUGAGCAACACCGAGCAGUAGUUUUGCGGUAAUUAUCGAUUUUGUCAUGGGCCUUCCAACUUCCUUGUGAAGGUGCUAAGCACUGUAAAGUACUAGAAUCUGACCAGGCUUGGAGUCUGCUGUACAAUAGUCAAGAUAACUGCGAAGGAAAAUUUGUCCCUUCAUAGGCGGAAUUUUUUCAAUACCACUACUGGAACUUAUCAAAUAAGGGGAACCCCUCUGUAGGGAACAUCGUUAUCUUCGCGAAUAAUUUGAUCGAUCAAUAAACAAUACCGUCAGAUAUUAUUCUAGGAUAUUCUGACUGGCUACGUAGUGAAGUUACAAUUUAGUUUUAGUUUGACUUAGAAUGUUGCUACAGAGCUGUGUACGUGAAGAGCACAUCAUGUUGCAGGUUAAAAAUCAGGAGCGUGUACUUCCACGAGGAACAUCUCGACUUCUGUCUCUC